AUGGGAGUUAUUGGUGCUGGCUUAGAUGACCAGUCCUUCAGUAGUGAAGACAGUUGCAUCCAUGUCUUCACAGGCACAGAGACCCCCACAGUCAAAGGCUUGUACUUCCAGCGUGCUCAGCAGCUCCGUGGACAAGAGGCCUCACAUUGGUACCUCAACCCUUCACAACAGACCCUCAUCAACGUGGGGGGCAUCAGGUACACCUUCCCCUGGAGCACCCUGGAGGAUUUCCCAGAGAGCCGUCUGAGUCAUCUUUACCUCUGCACCACCCUGAGGGAGAUAGCAGAGUUUUGUGAUGACUAUGAUGAGAUGCGACAUGAAUUCUUCUUUGACCGUGACCCUUUAGCCUUUCAAGCCAUCUUCACCUUCCUGGCAAAAGGGAAACUGCGUGUGCUGCAUGAGGUCUGCAAUGUGGCCCUGCAUGAUGAGCUGCUGUACUGGGGCAUUGAUAUAGGACAAAUGGAGCCCUGCUGCCUCCACCGCAUGAUGUCGUCUGUGGAGAAGGUGGCUGAGCACCAGUGCAAGGAAGACAAGAGGCGGGAGAGGAGGAGGGCACUUAGGGCUCCUGUGACAGAGGGCAGCAUUUUCCACAUGCUGGGGGAAGCAAUGGAGAAUCCUCACUCAGGUUUAGCAGGGAAAGUGUUUGCCUACCUGUCUGUAAUUAUGGUAGUGGUCACUGUAGUGAGCCUGUGCAUCAGUACCAUGUCAGACCACCAACAAGGAGAUGCCACGGGGGAAUGCUCCCAAAAGUGCCGCAGCAUCUUUGUGGUGGAAUCAGUUUGUGUGGUUUGGUUUUCCAUAGAGUUUCUGGUACGAUUCUUAUAUGCACCAAGCAAGCUGGAGUUUGCUCGAGGUCCAUUCAACAUCAUUGAUGCAAUUGCCAUCUUGCCCUACUAUGUCUCUCUGUUUCUGGAGCUCAGGGAUGAGUCUGUGCAAGAUAUUGUGGCUGGAGCAGGAAAGAGCACCCUGGAUAAACUGGGUCUAAUCCUGCGUGUGAUGAGGGCCCUGCGUAUCUUGUAUGUCAUGAGGCUGGCACGUCACUCUCUGGGUCUGCAGACGCUGGGCCUGACCAUCCAGCGCAGCAUGACAGACUUCGGCCUGCUGUUGCUCUUCAUGUGCGUUGCUGUGACUCUCUUCUCACCACUGGUUCAUCUGGCCGAGAGUGAGCUGGCUCCAAAUGCUGCCAGAUCCCCGCAUCUCAGCUUCAGCAGCAUCCCAGCAUCUUACUGGUGGUCCAUCAUCUCUGUGACGACGGUGGGAUACGGCGACAUGGUACCACGCAGCAUCCCUGGUCAACUGGUAGCACUGAUCAGCAUCUUGUCAGGGAUCCUCAUUCUGUCUUUCCCCUCCACAUCUAUCUUCCAUACCUUUUACCGUACCUACACUGAGCUCAAGGAGGAGCACAAGAGGUUGUGGAAGGAGGAGAGGGGCGCUGAGCUUGCUACUGAGGCUGAAGAAUCCAUGAAAGAAAGAGAAACCUGGCCUGAUAAUUGGCCAGAAAAUGACUUUUUACCUGGUCUAGAUGAUCCUUCUUUCCUUUUCAUGAAAGACAUUACAGUGCUGGCUCAGAGCAAGAGUCAUCAUUCUCCUCUUUCUCCUGUAACGUGUUGAAUUCACAAAUGCAUGUACAUUAUAUUGUCUAAGGCACGUGCCCAUAUCCACCUCAUUGCUUUCUCCUCAAAUUGGAACAGCCAGGUGGCACUAACACAUAGACUUUAGAUUAUUAGUUAUUAUUAUGAUUAGUCAACAAGAUACUUAAAUAACAGCCAGGGGGACCAGAUGUCUGUAAAGAUUCUCAGUCAUCCAGGUCAUGGUUAUCCAAGAAAGGCUGAAUCGAGGGCAACUGGACAUGGUAAUAGAUACCUGAAGCUGUUUCAACUCUUAUUCAAGAUACAACCAAAUCUGGUUGCCUUUGUUUCAACCCCUCUUGGAUAAUUAAUUAUAUUAAUAUUAAUAUUCAUAAUUGCAACACAAGGAAAUAAACUAUCAAUACACACAAAGUUUCCCCAUGUGUCUUUACAAAAACAUGUCAAGGAAAAAGGCUAAUUUAAAACAUUAGGUGUAAGAAUGGGUAAAAAUGUCUUUUUCUGUUCCCUCCACAUUUCAGCAUAAUGACCACUUUUAUAUCAUCAAAGUCUAACACAGUCCACUACAUAGCUGCUCACUUAUUUCUAGAAGUUCAUAAAUAUACACCAGUUUUGGCCAUCUGUAAUAUGAGAUGGGAGCAUAACUGUGUUAUGAUUCAAUCUUGGAAGAGAAUUAUAAAUUUGCAUGAACAAGGACUCACUGGAGAAUAUCUUUAUAUCCCUGGAUUGGUGAGGUAAAAUUUCUAUGUAGUAGGAUUAAUGUGUUUUUCAAAAUAGUUUAUAGUGCAAAUUGUUCCUUUACUAUACAAACCUAAUACAAACACUCAUAAGCAACAGAUUUUCACCUGAAGUCAAAAACCUCUAUGUGCAGAGUUAGAUCCUGGUACAUUACCAUUAGCUUUAGAAACAGGUGGGUUUAAUAGUGUUCCUUAAGAACAGAGACUUCAUUUGUUAAAUGACUGAGGUGAGACGGAAGACAAAGUCCCUUUUAUUUUUAACAGUAUUUUAGGUUCUUGACAGAUGCUAUUUCAUUACAAACAGCAUUCUGUGGGGUCCUUUAAGCCCAUGUGGAGUGGUUACUCUUAGGGCUCAAUAAAUAACAAACAGCAGCAUGUUAAUACUGAGAUGGAUAUUAUAUAUAGAAAAUUCUUUAAAUGUAUCACAUUAUCUAAACUGCUGUCUGGUAGUUAACCCUCUGAAAUCUAGGCCACUUUUGUCAGUAUACUUGUGCUUCGGACCUCAUACUAAGGAAAUCUACACCUACAUGUAUAUGAACCCUUGAUGUGUACAGUCAUAUAUAGUAAAUUAUUCUGUAUUCAGCUAUCAGGCUGCAGGAGAAUUUUGGAAGGCAUUAAACAGUAACUAGUAUUUAACAUUAGCACUUACCCGUGUUUAUGAAUUAUUGAGUCAAAAGCCUACAUUACAAGCCAU